AUGAAUUGCGCCGCGCAGUUUCAGUCCAUCCAGAAUUGGGUGAAUGGUUGCCCCCCCCCCUCGUUCAAAUCGCUACUAAUUUCGCCGCACAAUUGGCCGGGCCCUUCAAACGAGCAAACUCAGUAUUCCCUUGAAACGCACUUAUGUAGGUACAAAACAGAAUGGGCCGCCAAAAAAGCAGUUAGAUCCGAUAUGACUUUCAUUGUACAUAAAGGAAAGAAUUUGCAUUCUUCCAAGUUUUUAUUAUACCUGAUCGCAGCGUAG